CCAUAUAAUCAAUCAUCAACAUUCCCUGACAAACCUUCAAAUAACUCACAAAUCGAAACAGAUACACAUGUACGUAUGUAAUUAUUUCCUUACAAAAAUAUUCUCUGCAAGCUAAAAUAAUAAACAACAAAUUAUCAUAGCCAAGAAAUAAUUAAAUGAAAUUAUGACAAAAAUAUAAAGUAAAUACUCGAUAAAAGUUAAACUGCAACUAAAAAUACAUUACAAUAAUAGAUAUAAUCAAUAACAAAGGAAAAAAGUCAACCAGGAAUUCAAAUUCAAAUCGACCAAAGAAUCAAUGUUUUAAUGAUCUAGUCAUUACAGCAAAUAAAGUGUAUUGACGAUAAUGAUGAUAAUAAUAAUGUUGUUUUAUUAAAACACUAAAACUAAAAGGAAUUUGUUCAUAUUUACAAAAACAAAACCAAACAAAAAAAAAACGAAAUAAUUAAAAUGCGUGUGUCUCUGUUUGUAUGUAUUUGAAACAAUGACCAACAGCUGUUGAAUGUCUUUUUAAUUUAAAUAAUUAAACAAGAAAAACUAGUGAUCAACCAACCAACAAACUAAAACUAGAACCAAACGUACAUACGUACACACGGGCAACCUGUGACAAUUAAAACGGUACAGCAACAACAAGAGAAACAAUAACAACAACAACAUAUCAAUACUACAUACUUACAUAUGUAUAUAAGCUGCCAAUUGCAAUUUGUUGUUGCAUAUGCUUUCACCAACAACAUUUCAAAUGACGAAUAGGCCCUCAACAUCAUCAACAUUAACGAAAUAUACUAUAAAUAACACAUUUCUUCUAUUUUACUGCAAUUACGCUUACAACAACACGAGCACUAGCAAAAUAAGCAACAACAACAACAGCAAUAAUAAUAUUAGCAACAAAUUGUCAAAAAUAAUUAAAUCAUUGUGGUGGCUAUUCUUGCAACAUCAUCGAAAUUUUCUUAAUAUUUUACGAAAACAUCUACAGCAGCACGUUCAUAAUUAUCCCAAAACUACAACAAUUCAACAAGAGAACCGUAAUACAAUUAUAGUCGUUAGUUUAAAUUUACUUUUAUCACCUUCUUUGCUUCUAAAUUUUAUAUCUGAGGACAACAACAAAAACUCUCAAACAAGCUGACUAUGAAUAAACGUACCGUUAUUAUUGUAGCUCUUGUGAGCGUCCUGUGUUUGGGCAUUGGUGGUAAUUUUUAUUUUAUGUAUUAUUUAAAUAAUGCCGAAGCACCACUUUCCAGCACACGUGCCUUAGAAAAUGUUAUACGCUCCAAGAUACGCCAUCUAAAGCCAGCCUAUUUAAAUCGUAAUCCUCGUUUCUUUAUGUAUCGCAAUAAAUUGCUGAAGAACUACAAACCGGCAUCGUAUGAAAAUGCUUCUGUUUUGUGGGAUAUUGCUAAUUGGUGGCCUCAUGAAAAUGAAAUAUAUCCACAAUAUGAUUCAUCUAUGGGACAACUACUGCAAACAUUGCGUUUGGAACCAAUCACCAAAGUCAAUAAUUUAGCAAGAGGCACACAGUUGAAACUCCUUGUACGUUUAUCGAAUCAGCAAAAAGUCAUAUUUAAGCCACAAUGGUAUCCACGUGACAUUGUCAUCGAAGGUCCUGUAUAUGGCGGCAAGGAUCGUCAUGUGGCCGAAGUGUACGCUUUUUAUCUGGGUGCAGUUUUAGACUUUCGCUGGACACCGAUUGUUGUGGGAAGAGUAGUGAAUUUAAAAACGGAAAUUUAUGAAAAAGGUGAUACAGAACUACAAAAUACAAUGACCAUAACAGAGGGAGAAAACGGAACCGAACAAUAUUGUCUCUUUGGCAAAUGUCACUAUUGCAAUGAGGAGGAGACUGUGUGUGCAGAUGAAAAUAAUAAUAUUGAAGGAGUUUUAAUUUACAUUAUACCGGGUCAAUUAGCUAAAAGACGAUCACCCUGGCAGAGGACGUAUAAAGACGAUAAAAGGGCACCAUGGGAAGAUGACAUGAACUAUUGCAAGGGUUUAAAAGGCAAAUUGGAGACGGAAAGACUUUUAGAUUUAAUAGAUGUUGCCAUAUUUGACUAUCUAAUACAAAAUGGAGAUCGACAUCACUACGAAACACGAGAAGAACGUGUGGUACUGAUAGAUAAUGGUAAAGCAUUUGGAAAUCCGAUCAAAGAUCAUUUGGAUAUUUUAGCGCCUCUGUAUCAAUGUUGUUUAUUACGUGCUUCCACAUGGGAACGUUUACAAGUGUUUUCGGGUGGCGUUCUUACCGAAUUGGUGGAUCGUUUAACAAAAGCCGAUGCUUUGUAUCCAUUACUAACAGACAAACAUAAGCGUGGCGUAGAACGGCGUCUGUUAGUCGUAUUUGCCGUAGUUGAGUACUGCAUGGACCGCGAAGGUGAAAAAAUGUUUAAGAAUUUAUAAAAAAAGCACUUCUUUACUCUCCUUUUUUCAACCUCUAUUUGAAUUUAUGCAUUACAUAUCAUUACUAUGUAAGAUACAGAAAAGACAAUUAUUUAAGAGCCUAAUAUUUUAAGUCCUUUAAGCACUUCAUUUUGAUGAAAAUUUCAUAUGAAAUAAUUAUACCCGUAUUCACAAACGGUUUACAAUGCACAUUUUCCAUUCUAAAUUCGUGUUGUAAACCAUUGUUAACUUGAAUAAACAUUUGAGAAUACGGAUGUUAAAAUUAUUAAUGAAAAUAUAUUAGCAAAGUAAAGUGAUUUAUAUAAUAAGACAUUAACUUUUGGAAUGAUCCAGUACAAGACAGAUUUGUAGGAUUUAAUCACAAAUAGUCAGUCAGA